UCUCACGCAGCGGGAGUGGGCGACGCGUUGGCGACGCGCGCCUCCUCUUGCAAGGGGCAGCGGCUUGCCUCUUGCGGCGGCGGUGUGGCUUUGCAGGGGGGCGGGGGGCUGAACUGCACCUUUCCUCGGAAGCCAGCCUCGCCGAUUUAAUGGGCUUACUUCCGAGUAAGUGACUUCAAGCUGGUGUAUGUGCUUUUAAUACAUUUGACAUUCAUAACAGCCCUUUGAGAGAGGGGGCAACACUGAAGAAUCAUCCAGUGUCAACUGGGAUUUAAACAGCUCAGCCGUUUAAACUGCAUGCCUGUGUAUCCUUCACAUCCCCACUAUCUGCACAUACAUAUAUAUGUUCUCACGUCUUGGACAUUCCUUGGAUCGUCUUGCUAUGGAGACCGUACGUUGGGCAUUUUCCUAUAGUGCCUGGGUCCCUUGCCGUGAGGAUUGGCUGCUGGCCAUGCGUCUUGUACAGCCUGAAGAGAAAGAGCGUAUCGAACAGUUUGUGUUCUGCCGUGAUGCCAAGGCUGCUAUGGCCGGUCGACUGCUGAUAAGGAAAGUAAUUGCAGAAAAACUGAACAUUCCUUGGAACAAAAUCCAGCUGCAUAGAACUUCAAAAGGAAAACCUUUUCUUGCAAAUGACUUAAGCCACUCGCAAUCCAGUUUCAGCUUUAAUGUGUCUCAUCAUGGGAAUUACUCUGUUCUUGCUGCUGAGUCUGACUGUCAAGUUGGCAUUGAUAUUAUGAAGACCAGCUUACCAGGAAGUGGUUCAGUUCCAGACUUCUUCCGUAUUAUGAAGAGGCAGUUUACGGAGGAAGAGUGGAGAAUGAUCCUGUCCAUGAAUAAUGAAUGGCUCCAGUUGGAUAUGUUUCAUAGGCACUGGGCAUUAAAAGAGAGCUUUAUAAAAGCCAUUGGUGUUGGAAUAGGUUUUGAUCUUCAAAGGAUUGAGUUUAAUGUCUCCUCAGUGCAGCUGGAAGUGGGCAAAACAUAUGUUGACACAGUUCUGCUCUUGGAUGGUGAAGUAGAAAAGGACUGGACUUUUGAGGAAACCCGGUUAGAUGAAUCGCACCAUGUUGCAGUUGCCCUGGGAAAGGCAAGACCAUUGGGGGAAAAGCAUGAUGGGGUACUCCCUACCUGUGUCACCCCGACUCCAUUCACAGUACUGUCUUUUGAUGAUUUAGUUGCCUCUGGGGUUCCUCUUGCACCCAAGGAUGCUGCCUGCUGGGAUACCUUUUGUUCAAAGCAGGAAUCGCCUGCUCGACAGAGUUCUAAUCCAAGAUGAGAGAGGCAGUGUUUACAAGUAACUGAGUUGAAAGCACUCAACAACUGCAGAGUGUUCCUUUCCCAGCCAUUAGUUGGUGUCUUUGUGUGAGUGUGUGAGAGAGGCAGGACUGAUGGAUAAAAUUACCUUUUUAUUCAACAUUUUGGCUGUUCUGUAUGGAAUCAUAAUGAUUUAAAGCUCUUUUCCCUUGGAACUGGAUUCAGAAAAGGAAAGCAAUUUGGGUUUCUGCUCUCAAGCUAGCUAUGUGCAGUUAUCAAGCCUCUAAUGCCCUACUCAUAAUAAAGAAGUUGGUAUA